AUGGAAAACAGUGACGUAAAUAUGGAAGAGUCUGCAAUAGAUGCAAAAGGGUUUAACUUAAAUCCUUUGAGUACUAGUGUUGCUGCCACAAUCCCAAAAGAGGAAGGACUCAAGUUCGACCCGGACUCGAUGUACUACGACAUGAGCGGUGAUAAACAUCUGGUCAUUUUAAAUCAACAUACUUUUAAGAAAACUGUUUAUUUCAAGAAUCAGCAACCCGCUACAAGGAAUGGUACCGAUAAGGAUGUUAGUGCCCUCAAAUCGCUGUUUGGAGAUUUGGGCUUCAAAGUAACUGUGUUUACAAACCUAGAAUACGACGAUAUUAUGAAAAAUCUAAGAGAGGUCGCAUCGAAAGGCCACGCCGAUACGUCCUGUCUGUUUAUUACAAUUCUGACUCAUGGAGAUAAGGGCGGAGAACUUCAUGCCGCAGACCGACCUUAUUUAUUGAGUGAUGUCCUCACCAUAUUUGAGAUGGAGCCGACACUUGUUAAUAAACCUAAGGUGUUCUUUAUACAGGCUUGCAGAGGCGAUAAAAUGGAUGCAGGUAAAACUGUACAUCUGGACAGUGUUGGCUUCCUCACUGUACCUACACACGCUGACUUCCUAAUCCUGUGCUCGACUGUUGAAGAUUAUCUCUCGUACCGAGAUGCUAACGGUUCCUGGAUGAUCCAAGCUCUCUGUCACAUCAUAUCCAAGUACCGCAAUCACUUGGAUCUUCUACAUAUGAUCACUCUGAUGAACAGAAAAGUUGCGUACGAACGGGCUUCGUACACUCCUAGAAACAAAGCGAUGCAUAACAAGAAACAGAUGCCGGAAACAAGAUUUACAUUAACGAAACAGCUCAAGUUUAAAACACCAUAA